AUGUCAAAGUACAUUCGACGUUUACUCCGAUCGAGGGGACUGGCUGAGAACCCACAGGCGGAAGAGAAUGCGAACGAACAAACAACAGACCGAUCGAAGAACAAAAGCAAUGAAUACAAGAGCCAAGUGAUAUACAAUUGGAAUGCACUCCAGUGGUUUUUUGAUCAUGCGAGAAGCCCGGCCGAUGUGAACGACAUGUAUCAGAGCCUUUCGGCAGAAGAUGGAUCCAAUUCUUUUAUCAAGAAGAUGCUCGAUUUGGUGGUGGAAAACCCUAAAUAUCACUCGCAACUGUUGUACAUGGGGUCUGAGGCGAUCGCAAAACUCAAGAAGGCGCUGGCUGAUGGUGGAAGGGAGCUAGUAUUAUGGAAUGGCUCCAACGCAGCAACAUAUGCACUUUUGAUAGCUGAUAUUUACCCGUACAUACGGGAUGUGAUAAAUGAGAAGGAUAGGAAAAUACCUGAAACCGGAGGAAAUGAAAAAGCUCCAGACAACGAUACAGAGGCUAGCUCGGUUCAGGAAAAAUCAGCUCGUCCAUUAUGGAAUGCAAAAUGGAUCAAGAUUUUCUCCCCUCGCAAUGCUCAAGACACUAUCACUAAAGAAUGUAACAAGGCAAAAGAGAUGGAAGACGAAAUACUCUCGACUAUCACUAGCUUAUGGGGAGAAGAUCAGCGACCAUACUUUAUUCCUAAUGCAUGCGCAGGACUUGUUACCGCCGAGCUCAAGUUGGUUUCAUGUGUGAUCCAAAAAAGACUAUUACUGGCUUCCAAUGGUUUAAAAGAUGCCCCGCAAGGCCAUACAGAGAUCCCGAUCCUGUCAUAUGACCGAUCAACUGAACUGCUUUGCCACUACAAAGAGACUCACCAGAUGGGGUUGAGACGAGCCUCGCUUUUGUUAUAUUAUCAUAUCAACAGACGAGCACCAAUGGGGGGUGCUUCGCUUAGAGCCCUACUGGCAGCUCUAGACAAUCCCUUGACUCCGCCCACGGCUCCUGCAACUCCUGCCCCUGGUACUGGGUCAUUGGAAGAAAAUCGUCUAUCUUCGUGUACAUACAAGGUCACAAUUGCCAGAGUUAGUACGGAGCAUAAAUUUGACCUAGCAGUGAUAGACGAAGAACAUGGACUCUUGGCCUGCUUGAUAAAUCUUCUGGGCGCAAAGGAUCUCCCUAGGGAAACGCAGAUAGCUGUCAUUAACGCACUGGUACGCGUCGUGCCGAUGCGAAUAGAACAAUGGGCGACUGCUUCAGGCAUCACCACACCUAAACUCGGGAUGCGGCCUUGUGAACUAUCCGCUCCCAACCUCGAUGAACACAUCGUCUCUCAGCUAAAAUCAUUUGCAUGCAGUCUUGAGGAUUACUGGGGCUCCAAGGGCAUCAGAAGAUUGGCAUACCACAUCUUUGUAGCUUUGCAAAGCCGAUCCAACCACUCUUCGAUGGUACGAACGAUGAUUCAAUUACUUGUAGGUCGCCCCAAGUUGUAUGGUGGCUGGAUCGCUUGGGCAGCUCGGCACCUUGUCUACGGCGAUAGCAAAAGGACAGAGGAUCAACUUAGAUAUAACUCUUCGACCAUCUGCACGGUUUUACUACGCUUGAAUCGAGAGGAAGCAAAAGAGAGUAACCUUGACGAGGAUGUGCUUAUCCACUUGGCCAGUUUGAUUCGAUUAGUGUCCGAGCAUCCUCCAGACCUAUGGGAGAUAAAUAUGGGGCUUCGGUUCUGGGAUUUCCUGAAGCAUAUACUCCAGCACCAAGAGUGCAGUAAAUUGGAGUAUGUAGGUGUUUAUUAUGAACUUAAAGGAAGUUUAGGUGCGUUGCACGGCGCCUUAACGAAACAAAACUCGAAGGAAGGUGGUGAUACCAAGGGAACGAACGAUGAGAAUAAACGUAAUAUUGAUCAGUGUGAUCUCAAUGUCAUCAUUUCCCAGGCGGAGGCUCGAGAGAAGCAAACUCCCCAAGAAAUUGGUGGUAACAGUGAUCGUUUGCGUCUAAGCGAUUGA